AUAGCCCAAAAUAUAAAUACAAAAAGGCACAGCCAGUAAUGAUAAAAACCAUAAAAGCUCCUCUUUUUCAUUUCGCAUUCAAUUACAUUCCAUUCCGUUUCAUUUCAUUUCAAUUUUCAAAUUUAAAGUAACGAAAUCUGAGAAGAGAAGCAAACUGAUUUCCAGUAAUGGCAGAACAAAGGAACCGAUGGAGCUGGGAUGUCACCGGCUUCGAGCCAUGGAAGUCUUCGUCGUCGCCGCCGUUUCCGCCGCCGUCUCCGUCGGCCUCGGCGCCUGUUGAGCAAGAAGUUCGGAAACCUAGUUCGCCGUUGGUGAGGAGGUACUCCAUUUCUGCUUCAUCCGUUCUUCCACAGCCCAAGCACUCCAUGGCCUCCAAGGUUCAGUUGUUGAGGGACAAAGUCAAGCUUGCUAGAGAAGACUAUUUGCAGUUAAGACAAGAAGCAAGUGAACUUCAAGAAUAUUCAAAUGCAAAACUUGAUCGAGUUACACGAUAUCUUGGUGUUCUUGCUGAGAAAACCCGCAAGCUAGAUCAAGUUGCCCUUGAAACUGAAGCAAGAAUAUCUCCGGUGAUCAAUGAGAAGAGAAGAUUGUUCAAUGAUUUAUUGGCAUCUAAAGGAAAUGUACGAGUAUUCUGCCGGACAAGGCCGUUAUUUGAAGAUGAAGGUCCUUCAGUUGUUGAAUUUCCAGAUGACUAUUCCAUUCGUGUAAAUACUGGUGAAGAAUCCUUGUCUAAUUCCAAGAAAGAUUUUGAAUUCGACAGAGUUUAUGGACCUCAUGUUGGACAAGCUGAGUUAUUCACUGAUGUUCAACCACUGGUGCAGUCAGCUUUGGAUGGAUAUAAUGUUUCCAUAUUUGCAUAUGGACAGACACAUUCCGGGAAGACACACACUAUGGUUGCUCUUUCUUUCUUUCGCUCUGAAGGAUCGAGCUAUGAUCGGGGUUUAUAUUCUCGUUGCUUUGAGGAGUUGUUUGAUUUAGCCAACAUGGAUACAACCUCUACUUCUCGAUAUGAAUUCUUUGUUACUGUUUGUGAGCUCUAUAAUGAACAGACAAAGGAUCUACUUUUGGAAUCAGGGAAAAGCAUGCCUAAGAUCUGUUUGGGAUCACCUGAAUGUUUUGUAGAACUGGUGCAGGAAAAAGUUGAUAACCCUCUGGAAUUCUCUACCGUUUUAAAAGCUGCAUUUCAGAGUCGGGGAAAUGACUCGUUAAAGAUUAAUGUAUCUCAUUUGAUUGUCACAAUACACAUAUUUUAUAACAAUUUGAUCACUGAUGAAAGCUCAUAUAGCAAACUCUAUCUGGUUGACUUGGCUGGAAGUGAAGGUCUAAUAACAGAAGAUGAUAGUGGGGAGCGUGUCACAGAUUUGCUGCAUGUUAUGAAGUCACUUUCAGCGUUGGGAGAUGUUUUGUCUUCUUUGACAUCCAAGAAAGAUGUUAUUCCUUAUGAAAAUUCAGUGCUAACUAAAUUGCUUGCAGAUUCACUUGGUGGCAGUGCAAAAACUCUUAUGAUUGUAAAUGUGUGUCCAAGUGUUUCAAAUUUAUCCGACACAUUGUUGUCUCUCAGUUUCUCUGCCAGAGCUCGAAAUUCUGCAUUAAGCCUUGGAAACCGAGAUACAAUUAAGAAGUGGAGAGAUGUUGCGAAUGAUACGCGUAAGGAGUUGUAUGAGAAGGAAAAAGAAAUCCAUGAUCUAAAGCAAGAGGGUCUAGAACUCAAGCAAGCACUUAAAGAUGCGAACGAUCAGUGUGUUCUACUCUUCAAUGAAGUGCAUAAGGCAUGGAAAGUUUCUUCUGCAUUGCAAACCGAUUUAAAGUUGGAACAUAUUUUGCUAUCGGAUAAGCAUAAGAUAGAGAAAGAACAAAAUACUCAGCUUAGAAACCAAGUUGCUCAACUGUUACAGUUAGAACAAGAUCAAAAAUUGCAGAUGCAGCAGCAAGAUUCAACAAUCGAAAGUUUGCAGGCUAAAAUUAGAACCCUUGAAACUCAACUCAAUGAAGCUCUUAGAUCCAGCGAACCUAGGUCAACGUUUGUCUUACAGCCAGAGUCUGCAGCUCUAUCCAAUUCCAGACCAACUGGAGAUGGCAUGGACUCUUCUGCAGUAACCAAAAAACUAGAAGAGGAACUCAAGAAACGUGAUGCUCUGAUUGAGAGGUUGCAUGAAGAAAAUGAGAAAUUGUUUGAUAGAUUAACUGAGAAAGCCUCUGUGGCUGUGUCGCCUAAGCUUUCAAGUCCAUUAUCUCGGGGAUCAGUUAGUGUUCAAUCUCGAGAUAUGGGAAGUACAAAAACUCAUUCUAGGGAUGUUCUUCCUUCAUCUUUGGCCAUUGACAAGAAUGAUGGCACAGUUACAGUAGUUAAAUCUGGCUCUGAAGUAGUUAAAACUACCCCAGCAGGUGAAUAUCUUACUGCUGCCCUGAAUGACUUUGAUCCAGAUCGAUAUGAAGGGCAUGCUGCCAUUUCUGAUGGUGCAAACAAGCUUUUGAUGCUGGUUCUGGCAGCUGUUAUCAAAGCUGGUGCCUCUAGAGAACAUGAGAUACUUGCUGAAAUUAGGGAAGCUGUUUUCUCUUUUAUUAGGAAGAUGGAACCAAAGCGAGUAAUGGACACCAUGCUUGUUUCCCGAGUUAGAGUUCUGUAUAUAAGAUCUUUGCUCGCAAGAUCCCCAGAGUUGCAACCAAUUAAGGUCUUGCCAGUUGAGUGCUUUCUUGAGAAGGCGAAUAGUGGGUUCAGUAGAACUUCCAGCCGAGCGAAUAGUCCUCCAAGGUCUCCUGUGCAAUAUGUUGAUAUGCAGAUCCAGCCAUUUAAAGUGAAUCUAAAGCCAGAAAAGAAGUCCAAAUUUUCAUCUGUUGUCUUGAAGAUACGCGGGAUAGAUCAGGACUUCUGGAGACAGCAAGUAACUGGUGGAAAGCUUAGGGAAAUUACUGAUGAAGCCAAAAGUUUUGCAAUUGGGAACAAGGCUCUUGCUGCACUCUUUGUACAUACUCCAGCAGGUGAGCUGCAGCGCCAAAUUAGAUCCUGGCUUGCAGAAAACUUUGACUUUCUAUCGGUUACUGUAAAUGAUGCAUCGGGGGAUUCAACUGGUCAGUUGGAACUUCUCUCAACUGCAAUUAUGGAUGGUUGGAUGGCUGGACUUGGUGCUGCACUGCCUCCCCACACUGAUGCCCUUGGCCAGCUAUUAUUUGAAUAUUCGAAACAUGUCUAUACUUCUCAACUUCAGCACUUGAAGGAUAUUGCUGGUACCUUGGCAACUGAAGAGGCUGAAGAUGUUGCACAAGUGGCGAAACUACGUUCAGCUCUAGAAUCUGUUAAUCAUAAAAGAAGAAAGAUUCUGCAACAAAUGAGAAGUGAUGUAGCUUUAUUGACAUUGGAAAAUGGUGGUUCACCUAUUCAAAAUCCUUCUACAGCAGCUGAAGAUGCACGAUUAGCAUCUCUCAUUUCACUUGAUGGCAUAUUAAAGCAAAUCAAGGAUAUAACAUCAAGACUUUCUUCCGUGAACAUCAUUAGCAAAAGUAAGAAAAGAACAGCGCUUGCUUCACUUGAUGAGCUAAAAGAACAGAUGCCUUCACUUCUUGAAAUUGAUCAUCCAUGUGCUCAGAGGCACAUUGCAGAUGCUUGCCACGUGGUUGAGUCAAUUGCUGAAGAAGAUGACCACAUUCAGGAUCUAUUACAUAUUGGCAGACCAUCAAUGGAUCUGGGCUCUGGAUCCGAAAUUGAGGUCACACAGUGGAAUGUACUCCAAUUUAAUACAGGCUCUGCCUUACCAUUUAUAAUAAAAUGUGGAGCAAGCUCUAAUUCAGAAUUAGUUAUUAAAGCUGAUGCUCGAGUUCAGGAACCUAAAGGUGGUGAAAUUGUGAGGAUUGCCCCUAGACCCUCCGUUUUGGAAAAUUUGAGCUUGGAGGAAAUGAAACAAGUAUUUUCCGAACUACCUGAGGCUCUAAGCUUGCUUUCCCUAGCAAGGACUGCAGAUGGCACUCGCGCACGGUAUUCUAGAUUAUAUAGGACCUUGGCUACGAAGGUUCCAUCCCUUAAAGAAUUGGUCAGUGAGCUCGAAAAAAGGGGUGUACUCAAAGAUGUGAGAACUUGAUGUUUGAAGGCUAGAUGGUUAUUAACUCAUAUGCCUAGAGUUUGCUGUGCAUUGCUAAACUGCUAAUGCUUUUUGGGAGUUGGGUUAAGUGAUUCUGAUAUUACAUAUCUGUUGGUUUUGCUUUUUUUUGGGGAGGAAAAAUCUCCGUAUGUACUAUGUAAUCGUUACUCUGCUUGCGCUUAUUGUAUUUAGUAAUUAUUUUAGUAACUUUUCCUACAGUUUUGCCUUGUCAGUAAAUCAAAAUAGCUUGAUUCAGGCUAGUUAAUUUUCAAACACGUUUGCUGGUUGAGUUCAAACAGGUGAACAAGUUGCAGCA